CAGAGGCAGAGAGAGACAGCAGUGGGCUAAGAGUCAAAAAGGAUCGAUAGGUGAAGAGAAAACACAACUUUGUGCUCGACACCUCGGAUUAUCUGUCAGAAUUUGCUAAUUGGCUGAAACUUGUUUAAGAUGAAAAUGAGGAUUCUGUUCUUGGGAAUAUGUUUCCUAACUUUUGAAUGGAUGGCAAACUCUGAGGCCUUCCUACCUGAGAACACCAAGAAAUGUAUUGACAAGCUGAAUGACCAUUAUAAGACCAAAGAGGAUGACUCUUUGUAUGACGGACAUCCCAUCUUUUUGAAAAAGCUGGAACACUUGACAAAAAACACUGAGAAGAGUGAACAGAAACUCCUGAUGAGAAUCAUCCUGGAUGCAUAUAACAGAAUUUUCACCCAGAUGAAAAAUGAGGCGCAGGAUGUAUCUGUCCAAAACCAACUGAAUAAUGUAAAAGAUAAUCUGAACAAGAUGAAAGAACACUACUUCCCUGACAAAAAUGACCUCAAUAAAUACGCCAUUGAGGUGCUAGCUCUUAAGGAAAGUGACCCACUGGUGCAGCGUAAAGCCUUGUUUGAGGUGGAGAGAGUCUACAAUGAAGCAGCAAACCUGGCACAGAACCACAGGAGACGACGCCAAGCCAAAGGCUCCAGAAGGCUACGACCAUAGAAGAGCAGUGUUCUCAAGACUAAUGCAGCUAUAUUUAUUCUAACAUAGUGCUUUUUAUAUAUUGUAUUUCAAAACCACAUAAUUUAUUACAUUUUUUAAAUUAUUCAUUUGUGUUAAGGUAGAAAUUUGCUAUUUCUUCUGAGAAAGAAAUUGUCCCUGUUGUAUUAUUUGGAUUACUGAGUUAUUUACUUGCUAAGGCAAGUUUUGUAAGGUCUAUGACUGAAUAAACUGAGAACAGUU